GGUUAACGUCCAACCUUUUAUUCGCAUCAACUUCAACGUUAUCUUUCUUUACCUCUCUCACCUUCUCUUUUCUACCCGGUCACUUCCUGCGGCGACUAGCACACGAUGGCAAUUCAAAGGGAACCCGGCCAGAAAGGCAUCAACUGGUCUAACAUUGCUGUCGGUGCUAUCAUGAACAUGGUCACGACCCUUGGUCAACCCUUGGAAGUCCUUAAGACCCAAAUGGCCGCCAACCGGUCACAAACUAUGCUCCAGGCCACCAAGGCGGUAUGGGCCCGUGGUGGUAUCGCCGGAAUGUAUCAAGGUCUGAUUCCGUGGGCUUGGAUUGAAGCCUCCACUAAGGGUGGUGUGCUUCUUUUCACGGCUUCUGAAAUCGAGACCGCUGGUGUUGGUAUGGGUGUCAGCCCUGCUACCGCUGGUCUCUUGGGUGGUAUGGCCGGUGGUGUUGCUCAGGCUUAUGCAACUAUGGGAUUCACGACGUGUAUGAAGACUGUUGAAAUCACACGACACAAGGAGGCCGCUGUUGGUGUUGAACGGUCAACUUUCCAGGUGUUCAUGGACAUCUACCGCCGUGAAGGUAUCAAGGGCAUCAACAAGGGCGUCAAUGCUGUUGCUGUGCGACAAUGCACCAACUGGGGCUCUCGCAUGGGUUUUGCUCGUCUUGCUGAAACUUCGAUCCGCAAUAUACGCGGCAAGGGCGAAAAAGACAGCCUUGGUGCCAUGGACAAGAUCUUGGCUUCCUCUAUUGGUGGUGCACUGGCUACAUGGAAUCAGCCUAUAGAGGUCGUCCGGGUUGAGAUGCAAUCGAUGGCCAAGGCCACUGCAAAUGCUAACCGCCCAGCAAAACUAACUAUUCUCAACACCCUCGGCUUCAUUUACAAGGAGAACGGUAUCAAGGGUCUCUAUCGUGGUGUCACACCCCGGAUAGGUCUCGGUAUCUGGCAAACAAUUUGCAUGGUGUCGUUUGCGGAUUAUGUGAAAGCCUGGGUUAAAAAGAGUUAGUCAGGGAUCGCAAUAGCGGUGUCUUGCAUUUUAAUCCUCCUAGACAGAUAAUACAUAGUAUACUUUACUAUAGAUACAUACCACUUUUGUUGCUUGCUAUACACUUUCCUGGACAUUCUGGGUGACUCGUA